AUGUCUUUCGAUGAUGUUAAGGCUGCUGCUACUGAGUUCGCUAGGGGAUUUAAUCACAGUUACUACCACCCGUUGCACAUAGCAAUACUAAAAGGAGAUUGGAAAUCUACAAAGGCUUUUAUUGACAAUGACCCAAGUGCAUUGACUGCAAAGAUAACCAUACUAGGCAGGACUGCACUGCAUGUUGCAGCUGUAGGAGGGCAGUGGCAAAUUGUUGAGAAGUUGGUGCAACAUGUUCCUACACAAGCACUUGCAGAGCUGGACUUGAUGGGUUGUACUUGCCUUCACUAUGUUGCAAUGGGUGAAAGCAGAAGUGCUGCCAAGGCAUUGGUGGCUAAAAGUCCUUCUCUGACACAACUCACCGACUUUAAAGGAUUCACACCACUUACCUACAGCAUUACCUCAGCUAGAUGCAAAGAAAUGGUAUGGUUCUUUGUUUUGAAUACUACAGAUGAGAGACCUGGCUCUCCAUUCUCUGGUCCUUCUGCUGGUCAACUUGUUGCUUUGCUUACUGCUGCAGGAUUUCAUGAUGUCACUUUAUAUCUUCUCCAGCGCUACCCAAAUUUGGCUACUCUCUCAGAUUCAACGGGAAGCAUUAUACUUAAUGUUUUGUCAAAACUGCCCUCGGACUUUCAAAGUGGGAGUAAGCUUGGGUUUUGGAAAAGAUGCAUUUACCACUCUGUGCCAGAUGAACAUGAGUUUUUACCACCAAGACAUUUGAGAGGAAAUGUGAAAGAUUCUUUUGGGAAUUCAAGCCAUAACCAAUCUUAUUUUGGAAGUACAAUAUGGAAUGGAAUUCAGAAUAUUGUUCCUGGCAUGAAGCGUGUCAGAGAGGCAAAGUUGAGACAUAUAUCUGCUGAACGAUUGGUGGAACUCGUUUGCACACAGGUUUCAAUAAUGAAUGACACUGAAUUCUGGCAGUCUUUUGUGAGUGCCGACAUUGUUUUCAAUGCCACAUCAUCCGGCAUAGUUGAAAUUUUAAGGAUCUGUUUCCAGUUUUUUCCUGAUUUGGUUUGGACUCACAUGCCAAAUGAAGGAUAUGUAGCUCAAAUUGCCAUCAAGUAUAGGCAAGAGAAGGUUUUUAGUCUUCUAUGCAAGAUGCCUAUAGUUUGCAAGUUUUUAAUCCUGGCAUUAGAUGAAUCACAAAACACCACAUCACAUCUAGCAGCAAGGUUUGCUUCUCCACAACAGGCAUCAAUUUCUGGUGCUGCCUUUCAAAUGCAAAAAGAGUUGCAGUGGUUUAAGGAAGUAGAGAAAUGGGAUCACCCUCUUCAUAAAGAAGUUAAAAACAAAGAUCGUAAAACACCUUGGCAAUUGUUCAGGGAAGAGCAUAAGCCCUUGCUUGAAGAAGCAAAGAAUUGGAUGAAGGAUACAUCAAACUCUUGUAUGUUGGUGGCAACUCUUAUUGCUACAGUUGUCUUUGCUGCUUCUAUAACGGUACCUGGAGGAAACAACCAAGACAAAGGAUUUCCAUUAUUCUUGUCAGAUAACACAUUCAUGGUGUUCAUUGUGUCGGAUACAUUAGCUUUGUUUUCCUCCAUGGUUUCCCUCUUGAUGUUCCUUUCAAUCCUAACUGCAAAUUAUGCAGAAGAAGAUUUUCUCAAGAGAUUACCUGAGAGAAUAAUAUUAGGUCUGGCAUCUUUGUUCCUUUCCAUAGUAACUACAAUGAUAGCAUUUGGUGCAUCUCUGGAUUUGUUGCUAAGGGAGAGACUGAAAUGGGUGUCAAUACCAAUUGCUCUUCUGGCAUGUGUCCCGGUUGCUCUAUUUGCAAGGCUUCAACUUCCCUUGUUCAUACAAAUGAUCAUAUCAACUUAUGGUUCUCGCAUAUAUCAUCAUCAAAGUCUUUGGUGA